UGUACUAAAAUUUGACAGCGCGACGUGCGUUUAUUGUUUUCGGGAAAACUACGCGAUUUCCAGCAAUUUCCCUCAUUUUUCCACUAUUAUCGCGUGCUUUUCGCAUAAAAGAGAAUAAGAAGUAUCUGAUUGGAGGUUGUCAACAUAAAAAAUUGAGUUUAAGCUCUCAGAAAUCGUGUAGAAAUUCUUGGUGUUGAAAAGAAUCAACCAUGUUCGCGGAUGAGGAGUAUUCAGAGGAAUCUGACACCAAUGCGCUUUUAAUGGGCGUUCUGCGAGAGCUGAAGGACAUCAAAGAGACGCUGGCGAACCACACAAAGCAAUUGCAGGAUCUCCAAGAUGCGAUGGAUUUGAUGGCCAAUAAUUUCCAGUGCGAAGAAAUGAAUUUUCCUAUCACCACUUUUGAGGAUUUGGAGGCUGUUGAGGAUAUGAUGAAGAAUACCGCCAAUCGACAGUAUGUGACAAUGCAGAUGAGAACUCUACUGAAUGCUGGCGACGAUAAGUGGCUGUCGAAGCUGAUGAACGAUGACUUGUUGGAGGAGUUCAGCACGGAUGGACUCUAUGGGAAGAGGAAUCUCUUGGAACUGGAGAUUAUCAAGUUUGCGACCAAAUUAAUGGGAUUGGAAAGCAGAAUCGUGGCAUAUCACUUAAGGAAGAUGAAGGACAAGCUGCAGAAGAGUAAGCGAUAUGGUGAACGAAGGAAGUUAGGCAAUGCUGAUGAAGAUGAUAGUUUGUAGGUUCACACAUUUAUCUGUUCUGGUAUAAAAGAUAAUAUAAAAGUAUGUAAA